AUGGUGUGUGCGCCACCGAGCUGCAGCGUUAGUUGCACGAAUCCUCCACACGACGAUGCUACAUCAUCAGGCUCUAGCAAAGACUAUCCGACCACUGUAUCGACACCUCACACCUCAAUCUCGUCUUGCGCGGAAGAAGAGGUCUUUGAUGAACUGAAGCACUACAUCGCCCUGGGUUGUGUUCAUCUGGAGCACCCUGUACCCCUGCAAGUCAAUGUGACACCAAAUCUUGACUCUGCAUGGAGUGAGGUUCUUCGAUCCCAGUUACCAGAGGAAAUCAGAUCCAUCAUUGGCAUUCAAGCCUCUCAAUUGCUAGAUGCACGAUGGAUACGGCUGUUCCUAUUUUGCUCUCCAUCUCAGACAUUACGCAGCAUUGCUCGCGUUUAUCUGCUCCCUGAAGAUUGGAGCCGCCGCUCGAUAAGCCGUAGCGGUAGUACGUUGAAGAAAGCACUCCGCCACCUACUCCACCAGAUUGAUACUUCGCCCAAUGCAUGGAACGCGGAUCUCUCGGACGCACAGGUACAGCCAUUCGAUCUAUGGGCCGGUGGGCUAGAUACUUCGUUGUACUAUCUGUUCAACAAACUACCUUCGCCGGCACCAGAUCCAGCCAAAAUAAAGAAUCGUUACACCAGAAGAGCCGCCUACGAUUUACUGGGGUCUGCACAAGCCUCGGAAUGGGAAGAUGAUGGACAACAACCUCUAAAAGGGUUGAGGACUAGGCUAUACCCCUACCAAGCUAGAUCAGCUAGCUUGAUGUUAGAACGGGAGGCUGCGCCUCAGUUGCAACUUGAUCCCCGCUUGGAGACUCGCAUAUCACCCAAUGGAGAUAAGUACCUGUACUGUGCGCGAGAUGGCUCCUUUCUGCAAGAUCAGAGAUUCUACGAGUCAAACCGUGGCGGUAUUCUAGCAGAGACCAUGGGUUUGGGCAAGACAAUCAUCUGCCUGGCGUUGAUCCUUGCGAGCCAAGGCCACUAUCCUCAAAUACCUGAGAUGUUUCGACAGCCCUUGCCCAUGCGUGCCCGUGUAGGCACUUUGAAGGAGAUGGCAGCUAAUGUACCUGGUCGUUACGCGAUUCCUGACAAGGUAUGUCUGGAAGAUAUGGCUCAGCAUGCCGAUGUCAAUGUACCUCGAUUACAGGCGGUUCUGGAUAGCAACGUGCCAUUUUACGAGAUACCGCCAGAGCUGCCACGUAUGAACCGUGCAACUAAGAUCCCACCUCCAAGGCAAUACGCCAUGUGCUCUGGUACUCUACUAGUUGUCCCCAAAAAUCUGCUACAUCAAUGGCAAUCAGAGAUUCGAAAGCACCUCCUCCCGCAAGCUCUCAAAAUCCUUGUCGUGGAUACAGUAUCUAAGCGCAAUCAGACGAAGAUCCCCUCGUCUGAUUCUGCUGGCUUCGACUUUACAAGUGAGCUACCAGCGCCCACAGAGCUUAUGAAAUACGAUGUGAUCCUCUUCACGCGCACUCGCUUUGAGCAAGAGAUUCAGGAUGGGACCGAUAAGCAGGGCCGCCGUUAUGCGGCAGGCGUCUCCCGUUCUUGUAUCUGUCCAUAUAUUGGCGCAACCCGUAUACCAGAUUGCAACUGCUUUGGCAGCGGAACAGUAUACGAGUCACCUCUCCUGAAACUUCACUGGCUUCGCAUCAUAAUCGACGAGGGACACAACUUCUCGUCCGCGACCUCAAAUGCAGUGCUGGUCGCUAAACAAAUACUGGUCGAACGGCGAUGGGUCGUGUCUGGUACGCCAGCAAAGGAUUUAGUUGGCGUUGAAGUGGACAUGUCAACAAUGGACGUCAACGAUGAACAUCCAACUUUGCUUCGCGAUUCAGUAAUUGAGCAGCGCAAAACAUUCAACAUUACAGAUGAAUCAAAGGCAGUUAAGGCACUAGGAUCACUUGCAUCGAAUUACCUCAUGGUGCGCCCUUGGUGUGCUUCGAGUGCCGAAGGUGGAAUUGAAUGGGAUGAAUACGUGUAUCGACAUGAGCAUUCACAUCGGAAGACCUAUUCAAGCUUUUCGUCGUGCUUUCAACGUGCCCUAGAAGGACUCGUUGUAAAGACCAGACCAGAAGAUGUUGAGAAGGACAUCGUGCUUCCUCCACUCAAGCACAACGUCGUAUACCUCCAACCAUGUUGGUUUGACAAGAUGACGGCGAAUUUGUUCAUCCAGGUUCUGCGCGCGAACGCCAUCACCUCUGAGCGAUCCGACGUCGACUACCUCUUCCAUCCGAACAGCAUCAAGCCAAGGCACACACUCAUCCGAAACUUGCGUCAGUCCAACUUCACAUGGACUGGCUUCAGCGUCAAACAUGUCGUGGAUACAUUGGAAACAACAACCAAAUAUCUCUCCAAAGACGACAGAAAGUGUUCUCUGGAAGAUGCUAGGUCGCUUUUGGAAAGCAGUCAGGCAGUAGCAAGCCUUCCAGCAACGCCAGAUUGGGUAGCCUUGAGUACAGCGCAUGAGGUUGGUUUUGCAGUCGAGGCCUGGCCAGUAGAAAGCGAGAAGUAUUUUGCAUUUGCCUACCCUGAAAAACCUACGAUGGUCGGCUUGACGCAACUACUUGAGGGCCAGUUGCACAUCGAUAGCAAUGUCAGAUCGGAUGAUCCUGCCAAAGACUUGGCCUUGAUCGGCGGAGCAGGAAAAGCAAGGAUUUCUGCCAUGACUGAAGCGGAACAGCAAUUCAAACUGCCCGACAACGAUGCAUCGAACGAUGAAUCAAUGCUCACAAAGUCAGGAAUACCCAGGGACCUCAUUCAGCCUCUUAGCAGUCGACGUACAUCGAUACUUGCCAGCAAAGCACCGCCGGCAAAGACCAUCGACAGCGAAUCUACCGAUGCUCCAGAGCCAAUGACUCCUCUGCCUGCUCGUCUAAGGAAACGUAAGAUAACUCCCGACGAUGAAUUAGCGAUGCUGCCUCCAUGUUCACCACUGCUUGAUACACGCAUUGUUGGUACCACUUCAGCGAAACUCACAUACCUCAUCGACAAGGUGGUAGAGCACCAAGCCACCAAGAAGAUUAUCAUAUUCUAUGAUGGUGACAAUGCUGCUUUCUACAUCGCACAAAGCCUGGAAGCGCUUUACGUAAAUCACCGUAUCUACGCUCGACAGCUGGACAACACGAAGCGCUCGGAGUACGUCAGGCUGUUUAACGAAGAUGAUUCUGUGAGAGUCCUGCUCAUCGAUGUUGCCUGCGGUGCUCUGGGUCUCAACCUAAAUGCGGCAAGCAUCAUUCUCAUUGUCAAUCCGAUCAAUCGUCCGGGACUUGAGGCUCAAGCAAUCAAGCGAGCUCACCGGAUUGGCCAGACAAAGGAAGUACUAGUCGAGACGUUGGUCCUUGAACAUACCAUUGAGCACGCAAUCUUUGAACGUGCAAAGAAGAUGAGUCGCGCUCAGCAUUCGGAAGCGAAAGAGUUGGAAGAUGACGCUGGCAUCACCGAGAUCAUCCAGAACGCACAGAUAUUGCCUGCCUCAAGCAAUGAACAAGGACUAUCGAAGUUUGCGUUGCUGACGGCCCCACAGCAGCUCUUCGGUCGGCCGAACCGAGACAAGUACCACCGAUUCCAGGUAAGCACACCAGAGAAAUCGAGAAAAAGGGUAAAGACAUCUAAACGCACAACACCCUCGAAAGGAAGUGGAGCCAGUACGCCGAUCGUUAUUGGAGAUGGGGACGGAGCAACGUACCGGCCGGCGAUCGCACAACCAAGUUCCGGUCUGCUGGGAGAGCAUGUUUGA